CAAAAACGAACGCGCGAGCAUCCAGAUGUUUAUUAACUUCGAGUGCGUGCAGAGUGAAUGUCUUCUACUGUCUUCAAAAAGCUUCAGGAUGAACUCCAUACCGCGCUUCUGGUCGAAGAAAUACAGAUGUGAAAAUGUGCCCUGUUUAGAACCUGUACUAUCCACAGAAAGAAAUUGCAAUAAGAUGUCGAAAGAGAAAAACAUGACAGAUCUAUACACAUUAAGUUUCAGAAUACGGCUACAUGAGAAAUAUACAGCAGGCAUUUCAUCCAUAAAGCUCCUGAAAGUACCUUUACCUAAGCAAAAGCUAAAGUACACUCAGACUUUAUGUGAGAAAAAUACAAAGAGCACUAAGACAACAUCUGAGGAAAUCUUAAAGAGUCGGAGUCCAACUCCAUCUAUGGAAAUCAGCAAAAUUCUGUCCAUCUCAGCUGGGGAGCUAUGCACUCCUGUCGGGUUGCCAAAUUUUGGAAACACCUGCUACAUUAACUCAAGUUUGCAGUUCCUGUUUAGUGCUGAUGUUUUCUGCAGAAAGCUCUCCAAAAUCAUGGACAAUUAUAUAAACAGACCAGAAGCUACAUUCCUCAGUUGCUUUGUGAAGUUGUGGAAGUUGAGAUACAGUGCAGGAAGUCAAUUUGGCAUCAGAAAGGAUCUUCUCCUACUGUCUCUGAUUAAUGAGGUUACAGCUGUCAACCCAAAAUUCAGCAUCUUUGAGCCAAAUAGCACCCUUACAUUCAUUUGCCAGUGUCUAGAACAAAUCAUUAAGACUGUGCGAAUGCUGGGUUGGAAAGAUGACUUAGACCCUAGAUGUCCAGUCGGGUCUAAUUUUGACAUCAAGAUGAAAAAAGUUAUAAAAUGCUCCAGAUGUGGAUUUCAGCAGAACAUGUUGUAUGAUUCCAGUAUAAUUACUGUGCCCCUGGCAUACAAAUCAGUGGACCAGUGCUUGUACAACAUAUUUAAUAGGAAACAGUUGCUGCAAAAGUGCCAGAAGUGUGGAAAACAAUGUGCCAGCUCCAUUUUGACAUUCCACCCAUUGCCCAGGUUUUUGAUUCUGUACCUGAUAAGGGAUACAGUGGACAAGAAUAAUCAACAAAUCAUGCUUAAGUGUCCAGUGAAAUUCCAAACUCGUCUGACUAUAAACAAUACUACACAGAGUCGCAACGUUUUUUUCUCAAGACUUUCUCAGAUAUUCAGGCCCCGAAAAGAGAACAACAAAGCCAAGGUCAUAGAGAAAAUGAGAAAUAAACUGGAUGAAUCAGCCUCUACUUAUCAACUGAUAAGUGUCAUGAGCGUUAUUACGCAUCCUUCAGAGAGUGGACAUGGUAUAGUUGAUUGUUACACUCACAGUCCUCCCCAGUGGUGGACCUGCAAUGAUGAGUUGAUCUCUCUCACCACUGAGAAAGAUGUGUUACAGAAGAGCUUGUCUAAUGCCUGUUUGCUCCUCUAUGAGAAAAUGAGCACUGAGUGAAGCCAUUCCUGUUCUGUCGGAAGCUGUAUGAGAUUGAGUUUAAUGUUUUUUCUCCAGAUUUUAUACGAACAAAAAUAAAUUACGUUGUGGACAUCA